GGGGGAGGGGGGGGGGGGGGGGGGAACAGCCACGGAUGGGGGAAAUUGCCGUAAUGUAGAAGUGGGACAAAUAAGGAAAGCUUUCGCUUUCCAUAACGGAACAUUGGACAGGAGAAGAGAAGAGGCCAAGUCCCAAGAGGACUCCACAAAGGCGAGCGCUAGCACCCAAUCAGGUGCUGGUGCAAUCCGAUCCGAUCAUGUCACCGGACGGGGGCAACGCACAUCAUGCGUCGCUCAUGACCGACCGGUUACCAGUCGCAUCAUCCGGUGGUCAUCAUGAUAGCUGGGACCGAUACUCUUCUCCGAAGUCACACAGCCCAAGCUUCUAGCGCCGUGUGCCCCCCCAUGCCGAGACAUCGCGCUCAAUCCCCACCCACCCCUGCAUUCCCACCGCAUGUGUCCCCCCUCGUACACAUGCAAAUUUCAAUUCUCCCACUCCCACUCCAUGAAAAAAAAACAAAAAAACAAAAAACGAGAACGGGGUCAGCUGAAUGAAUGGUAAGAACCGGGAUAUGUGGGGCAUCAUUAUGUAAGUUCGAAUCCGCCCAAAAAGGACGAAUGAUUUGCAAAUUCAUUUGAAAAGUUUCUCCAUCGGCAGACAAAUUAUCGAUUUCUCGAUUUGGUAGGUUGUUCGGAAUUAGGGAGAUUGGAGAUUGAGCUGGGUAAGAGAACGAGU